AUGCGCAAGAAGGCAACAAUACACCAAGUGCAGACAAUUCUGUGCUGGUCUGCAAGGGAGUUUCCUCGGGUAGCUAAGCGACCACUGGGCGAGUUCUGGAUAUUCGACGACACCCGCGGCAUGAUCACCAGCGCCAACAUGGACUGGAAGUCCCUGUCGCAGGUACCUGGCGUCAAGAAGGUCUUCGGCUCUGCUCGUGAGUGA